AUGGAUGGGGAUGCAUACAAGCUGCUGGGCUUGGAGAAUGGACCCGAGGCUACAGAUGUGGAGAUUAAAAAGGCCUAUCGCAGGCUAGCCCUGCAAAAGCAUCCGGACAAGAACCCCGACAACCCCAACGCCGCCUCAGAGUUUGCAGCUCUGCAGAAAGCAUACGAACUCCUGUGUGAUGGUGAUGCCCGCGCAGCCCUCGACAACUUUCUGCGGGCCUGUGCCGCACGCAUCGUCCGCACCGCGACCAAAGACGCGAAGCGGCAGAAAAUGAUGGCCGACCUGGAGGCGCGGGAGGCGGCUGGCGAGACUCAACGGAGCCAGGUGGAGGCCGCGCGUGCCAGGCUGGCCGAGGAGGUCGCCAAGCUGCGACGCCGGGCCGCGGAACGAGAGGCCGCCGAGCGUGCCAGGACUGUGCGGGAGCAGGAACCCGCUGCGCAGGCUGGGGCGGCGGAGGUGGCCGGCCUGGAUGCCGAGGACUUGGCGAGCGCCUCCCUCCAGGAGCGCCUCGCUCGAACAGUCAAGGCCUCCUGGGCGCGUGCGGACGGCGAGUACAGCGCGGAGGAGCUCCGGCUUGUGUUUGGCCGGCAGGGCGCCGUGGAGGACGUGGUGCUGCGUGGUGGGUCCAAGAAGAAGGGCAGCGCCUGGGUGGUCAUGGCCAGCCGCGAGGGUGCGGCGGCUGCGGCCACCUCCCUCAACGGCAGCGCCUCCCGGCCUCUCCUUGUGAGCAGGAGCUACAAGGCCCAGGGCCAUGACGGUGCGCAAGAUGCAGCUGCCGCGGCAGGGUUCCCUCGGCACGAGGAGGCCAUUCUGGCCAAGCUCCGGCAGGCUGCAGAGAGGAAGCGGCUGGCGCAGGAUCUGCAGCGACAGGAGCUGGAGGAGCAGGAAAAGGGCUGA